UCUCGGCUCAGUCGUAAGCCUUGGGGGUCGGGCCAGCAACAAGCUAUUAUCACAGACAUGGGCCAAGGAAUCCGAGGCCGCCCAGGGUCUGUGAGUUGAGCUUGAGGCUGCAGGACCAGGGUCAUCAUGGGGACAGACAGCUUGGGCUCCCUCUGGGUAGUACUUCUGCUUCCUCUUGUGUUUGGAGUCCCCACAGAGGAGCCCACUUUGGAGGAAUCUGUGGCCCCCCAUCUCACCAAAGGCUGUCACCGAUGCUGUGACCCUGAGGGACCACUGUCCUCUGCUGAAGCUGUCAAUGCUCCUGCUUCCCCUUCCGUCCCCUAUGUCCUGCCUGAGGUCAGGCCCUACAUCAACAUUACCAUCCUGAAAGGUGACAAAGGGGACAGAGGUCCUCUAGGAACACCAGGGAAGCCAGGCAAGGAUGGUACCCGAGGGGACCGUGGCUCUCAGGGUGUCAAAGGUGACAAGGGGCAGGCAGGCAAUCCUGGCAGCUCGUGCCAGAUGCACUACUCGGCCUUUUCUGUGGGUCGCAAGACAGCCUUGCACAGCAGCGAGGACUUCCUCCCAUUGCUGUUCGACAGAGUCUUCGUGAACACCGACAGCCACUUCGACAUGACCACUGGCCACUUCAUGGCUCCGCUACGCGGCCUGUACUUCUUCAGCCUCAAUGUGCACAGCUGGAAUUACAAGGAGACCUAUGUGCACAUCGUCCACAAUGAGCAGGCAGCUGUGAUCCUGUAUGCACAGCCCAGUGAGCGCAGCAUCAUGCAGAGUCAGAGUGUGAUGCUGCCGCUGGAGCCCGGCGACCGCGUGUGGGUGCGGCUCUUCAAGCGGGAGCGGGAGAAUGCCAUCUAUAGCGAUGAUGUGGACACCUACAUCACCUUUAGUGGCCACCUGAUCAAGGCAGAGGACUGAACUUCUCUGGCCAGCUUCACAACCAAGCAGCUUGGGGGAGAGCUGGUGGCUAGGGCAAGUCCUGUGGGCUCCCCAGGGCUGGAUCUGCUGAGCUUCCUUCUUUAUUAUCAUCGCUUUGUAGUCUGUCUUCACCCCCUACUCCCAUCCCCUUCAUUUUCAGAGACUUUGGCUUUAAGUAUUCCAGAACUUUCUCAGCCUCUAGAGUGGCCCUCCUCACACACCACUGUGCUGUUCAUCCCUGGGGACUUUCUUGUAUGGUAGAUCCUGGCUUGGCAUUUAGGAGUAUGCCCAGGAUUCUGUAUUUCUAGCAUUUUCCCCAGUAAUGCCGAUGCCACUGGUCUAUGUACCAUGCUUGAGGGAUUAGGCUUUCUACAAUAUCCCUGGCAUUCUAGGACUUUCCAAACAUUCUGGAAUUCCCCCCAAACUCUAGCAUCCUUCCUGCAUCCUCAGGUUUUUCUCUUCAUCCCGGGCCCACCCCCACCUCUGCCCUUCCCACCCCUCCCCAUCACUUGGUCCCAGGCCUGAGGAAAGCCUCGACGAAUCAAUCAGACCUAGGUCCUGUCCCUCCCCUGGACAUGGGUUGGGGCAUAGUCAAGUGGGUACAAAGACUUGAGCAUGUACUGGGUGCUCCUCUAGACUGGGUGGUUAGGCACUGAGGGCCAUUCUUCACUGCUCCCGUGGUGGCACAGGUUCUGGAGGUAGGGAUGAUGCUCCUUCCCCAUUCUCUACCUUUUUGCCUGAUGCCCAGCAUUAAAACAAACCCUAGGUAUAGUCUUGGCUAGGAAAGACUCAAAAAUUUGGAGGCACCUGGAGUGAUAAGGGACCUGGGAGUGAAUUGGAGCCUAUUAUCCUCCCUGACCUUUGAAGAGUCCUCCUGCCCUACUUUCCUCACUCCCCAGAACUUUAGCCAUGGUCAGACCAUGCACUAGGUGCUCUCUGAUCCUCCUGGCCCCUCCAAAGCCCAGUGUCACACAGGGCUUAAGGUGCUAAGGACACCCAGGAGGUGGCUCGCAUUCAGAGCUUCACCUGCCCAUGUUGCCCUUGCAGACAUCACAGGGAGUCAGGCAGGACAGAGAUGGAAGGUUUCAGCCCAAAGCAGGUCUAGGGACUGAAGCCAGUUGACAUUCAGGUUAUAUGGGGAUCUUCUCUGAGUCAUGUUGCCAAGACAGGCCCUGGAGAAAGUCAUGGAGGAGCAGGGACACCGAGACCUCCAUGCUGUUCCCAGGGUGUAUGGCCUGGUGACCCUCUAGCCUUCCCCUCUUCCACUGCAGGCUGCCCAAGCUUCUAAGGGGAAGGUAGCCUCCGUCCAUUGGUGCUUCUGCAGACCCAGGGCAGGGCUGGCUCUGGGCGGACAUCUCUGGUGCUUACAGCCAAGGGAACCAUGGCAGGGUGACAGGGACAAGGCCUGCCACGUGCUGUGAAGACUGGUUAUACAAAACCACCCUCAGCCUGACUGUCCUUGCCUGCUUGGCCAGUGUGAAUAAAAUUCCUGGAUUCUCUUGGCAA